GGUAUCAUUCUGAAAGUCCCCUAAGUGUCCAGACACCGUUGGUGAAUUUUUCCCUUUUUUUUAUUAGGUUGAAUAGUUUAUAUUUUAAUUGUUCUUUUAAGUAUCUAACUAAUGUCGGCUAAGUUUUACCAAACGAUAGGGCACGGACAUAGCUAAAUUGUUUCCUAAAGAUAUACAAGCUGCUCACGAGUUUUAGGAGCCGAAUAUACUAGAGUUAAAAGCUCCGCUUGAUUUUUUUUAUCGAGCUUAACAUUUAGCUCAAGCUUGGCUCAUUUCAUUCACGAACAUGAGCCAAACAAAUCGAAUAUGAGCCGAACUGAAACUCUUGUUUCGAGCCGACUUAUAGCCCUAAUUAUGGGUAUAGGCGGAACACACGGAUCUUGGGUAAUUGUUGAGGAAACCCCUCUGGUCCAACAAAGGGAUAACGUUCCUAGUGACUCUAGGAAUUGAAAAAUCGGAUAUCAACUUCGGUAGAUACUAGGUAGAGUCAAGUUCGCCAUUGCCUUGAUUGAGAAAUAGAGAGAGAUCUUGGAAUUGGUAUUGUAUGAGUGUGCCCAAUAAAGCAAGAUGGUGCUCAUCUUUUCUUCCAACCCUGAGACCAUUCAGCCUGGGUUAAGAAUCUGUACGGGCAGUAUUGAAGUUAGGCCCAUAACUAUUAAGCCCAAAUGUAUACCCCAAAGCCCAAACAGGCAAAUGCAGCUAAGUCAACACUGAAUUACCACUCUCUACUCUACUUUACUCUCUCUCAAAUCCCACUGAGGCACUGACUAUAAACGUAAACCCCGCAAAUCGCAUUUCCUCAAUCCGAUACGAAGACCAUUUCCUCGAAAACACCGCUAGCCCAAAAGUUUCUCUUCCUCAUCAUUUCUUUCUCGUUCUAUAAUGCUUAGCCAAAUCAGAGCUUGGUUUUCCCUUGCUCGGCUGAGCAAGGCUAUUUUCAGGGUCACUGAUAGGGUGGAUGAGCACCUCAGCCUCGGGGAUUACGAUUCGGUGAGGAAGGUUCUUAGGGUGCUUCCCAAUUUAGUGCUGGUGAGGGAGCAUUCUGGUGCUGUGGUCGAAUCGAGAGGGCAUUUUGUUCGGUCACUGGGUCCUGGAUUUCAUUUUCUCUCUUUGUUCAGGAGGGAGAAAAUAUGGAACUCUCUGAGCACCCAGCCCCAGAUGGUUAACACACCGGAGACGGUUUUCGAGUCCAAAGAUGGAAACUGGUUUUCUUCUGAAUGUGUAGUGACUUUUCGGGUCAUUGAUGUGGCAAAGGCAUCCUACUGCCGAGAGAUUAAACCAUGGGUUGGCUUAAGUGUUGGAACUUUUCCUAACACGAUGUACCACUUGAAGAAUGCUGCUUAUUCUUUGGCCUACGCAACAAGUUACUUCCACAUGAAGACAUGCAUGUCUUCAUGUGUGGAUGAGAGCAACUUGCUUCUGAAAAGCACUGAAGGCCAAGAUCAAAUAAGGACAAUUCUCAAUGAGUUUCUCAUUGAUUGUGGACUAAAGUGUGAGUUGGUACUGAUGGUGAUGCUGCCAUCCAUGCCAAGGAAAGAUUGGUGUGAAAGCUUGGCGUUCGCUAAUGCUUAUGAAACAGAUGCACUAUUAUCUGCUUUUGGCAGAGAUACAACACUCGUCAAAGCGCUUUUUGAAGCAAUGGAAAGGUACACAUCAGGAGAACAAAAGAUUAUGCUUCUUGAGGAACUUUUGAAGGUAGCAGCUGAGCUACUCCAGCCAGAUCUACUCCUACUUACUCUACGUAUUGUUGCGAAGCACUACCACUUGCAGCAACGCGUGGAAAUGAAGAACACUAAACGAUAAUGUAUCUAUCUAUAUAGUUUGUUUAACAAAAAAAAAUUUACAUUAAAAGAAAAACUGUCUGAAUUUGAAAUCAAGAACCCUCUUCUAUCAAA